GCCAAGACGUCAGAAGUUCAAGAUGGUGACGUCAUUUUAACAUCAUUAUUUUUCGUGAUUUCUCUACACAAAGGGUUGGAUAAAACUGAUUUCUAUUGGGUGUCCGAUAUUACUACCUAGCCUCUACGUGAUGAGUCACCGACGCUACAUAGUGGUAGACCCAAUCACAAUGGGUCCCAGAGAAGUGGAUAGUCUAGAUGGUACUGAAGGAUGCCCCGUGCCACUGUUGGGCAGGUGUCUGACGGAGUGCUAUUACACUCUCCGGCCAAGUAAGAGACCUCCGGACUAUCACAUUGAUCCUACAGUAUUUGUCGAACCCGUUUGGUACGACACUUGCCCGACGGACGUACAAGCAGACGAAGAGGCGGUUACCGACACAUCGGUGGAAUCACGGCCAUUACGACUCGUGUCUACGGCCUUCUCCAACAUCUCGACGCCACCUGUUUCAGUUCAGAGAAUCCAAACGAGUGAUGUCGAGAUGGACGAUAUCGAAUGGUUCACCACGAAGAAACCUGAUCAGGAAGAAUUUAUGAGGGUCACCAAACAGCGAACAGGCAAGAUAGAUCGUCCGGUUUCAGAACAUUUAGAACGAAUGAGGCAGAAGGAGCGGUCACGUGAUUCGGCAUACACACGGAGAAAAGAAUCUGUAGCGGAAACCAAUGAGUCUGCCGCACGUCAAGUUCUUAGUAAUAGAAUUGUGAGGCGAGCAACGAGACUCCCCGACACGUGGGAGACUACUGAAAACAAACAACAGUUAAUAACAAAGGCGGUGUCUCAGCAUCAAUAUGAAUGGUUCAGAUCGACUUUAGGGUGGAUUACUUCAUAAGGAAACGAAUACAGGACUUGUAUGACCAACACUGUAUUAAAACAUUUCAAAGAUUC